AUGUCUGAAGAAGCAGAAGAAGCGGCCACAGAAACGGUCACCGAACUAAUCCGCCGGGCCCUGGAAUGCCCGGUGUGCCUGCAGCUGGCGUGCCGGAUCCGGUGUUGUUGUUUCCGCGGGCACACCGUGUGCGACCUUUGCUUCGACCGGUUGCUGGACCUGCACGAGCCCACGUGCCCGAUGUGCCGGUCGCCGAUAUCGGCCACGCGCUCGACGGCCGCCGUCGAGACGGCCCUGGCGAACAUCGUGCGCGGCAUCAAGACCUCGUGCAGCUACCGGCCGCUCGGUUGCCGACAACUGGUGGCCAUACCCGACGUGAACGCGCACGAGGCGAGCUGUCCGAACGCGCCGGACGCCAAGUGCUACGUGUCCACGUGCCAGUGGACCGGGACGCACGAUCAGAUCUAUGAGCACGUCAGUUCCGACCACCCGGGAUCGGUCGUCGCCGUUCAGAGCAACAGAUACACCGUUCCGGACGUCCGCGCCUUGUUGUUGCACCGCGUUGGCCGGCACAGAGCGUUCCUACUCAAGGACGCGCGGGAUAACAUGAUGUGGGUGAUCUUGUGCAGGGGCGUGCGCAGGACCGUGCGCGUGCACAUGAUGUUGGUGAAGACCGCGGCCCGGCCGGCGGACCGGACGCGAGCCACGUACCGCGUCAGCACGGGCGGAGAUGUCGCGGACCUUUGCCGCGGACGGCGCCGUGUCAUGCUGUGGGACAGGAACGUGGCCGAGAACAGCAACGAGGCCUUGGCGUCGAUACGUGGCCUUGUCGUGCGCCAGAAACAGUACAACACUUCGUUGACCAUCUCGUGGAACAUUAGAUGA